AUGAGUCGGAUGACAAAAGUCUAGAGGACAGAUUGCAGGAGGAGCUAAAGAAGAGAGCUGAGAAGGAGCAAAGUGUUUUGAAGGAGGCCAUGGAAGCUGAGUUGAGGACUGCUUUUGAGAAAGACAUUGAUCUCAAGGUCAGUUUCCAAUAAUAAAGUAGCCUAUUAAUUUAAGUUAAGUAAUUUAAUAAUAAAGUAGUCCACUAAUUAAACUUAAGUAAUUUAAUAAUAAAGUAGUCUAUUUACAAAAGUUAAGUGAUUUAAUAAUAAACCAGUCUAUUAACUUAAGUUAGUGAUUUAAUAAUAAAGUAGUCUAUUAAUUGAAGUUAAUUAUUUUUAUAAAAAAUCUAGUCUAUUAAUUGAAGGUAAGUAAUUUAAUAAUAAACUAGUCUAUUAAUUAAAGUUAAUUAUUUUUAUAAAAAAACUAGUCUAUUAAUUGAAGUUAAGUAAUUUAAUAAUAAACUAGCCUAUUAAUUAAAGUUAAUUAUUUUUAUAAAAAAACUAGUCUAUUAAUUGAAGGUAAGUAAUUUAAUAAUAAACUAGUCUAUUAAUUAAAGUUAAUUAUUUUUAUAAAAAAAACUAGUCUAUUAAUUGGAGGUAAGUAAUUUAAUAAUAAAGUAGUCUAUUAAUUGAAGGUAAGUAAUUUAAUAAUAAAGUAGUCCAUUAAUUUAAGUUUAGUUGUUUAAUAAUCUAAAAAAUGUUAUUGGAAGAUAAGCAAAAAUUUGAUGAGGUAUUGACCUGAAAACCCCCCCCCCAAACCUUCUUGUUUUAGCUGCAGUAUUUUAAAUGUUAUUAUUGUAAUUAAUAUGCAAUUGCUGUGUUAUGGAUAUUAUAUAAACUUGAGAACUUAAGCAACUUGUUCUGCCUAGUUUUUAUACAGUAAAUAUAUGAGACGAGUUAAUUAAGCCUUAGGUGCUACCGAAUGAAGAGCUGUUAAAAUGAGGGGGGGGGGGGAUGAUGGUGGGAUUGUUGCAGUAGAAUGUUGAAAAGGAGAAUGAAGUCUCACCAAAUGAGUAGCAUGUUCAACCACCUAAUAAAGCCAGGGAGACAACUCUGAGAGAACAAGUUGAGAUUAUCUCCCUCUCAUAGACUUGAGAAUUAAAAAUAUUUUUUUUGUGUGUGAUAAACAAUGACAUUAUAAAACAUUGGCCUGUUGUAGAAUCUCAUUUUUAAAAAACAAAAAGAAAGGAGAAGAAAAAAAAAUCAGAAAAAUGUCAUCAGGUAUUUGAUAAAUGUUAUGCAUCUUUGUUGAAGGUGUUGAAGGUGAGAGCGGAAUGUCAAGAAGAGUUUAGGAGCAAGAUGCAAACUUUGAUAGAUCAAACUGUUGCCCAUGCUAAGGAAGAGUGGAUUGCAAGCUCACAGAAAGGUUUGGAAGCCAACUGAUGUUAUAGAAUACAGUGGGAAGAAGAUUUAAAAGGAAACACAUCCCGCAUCGUCCCCCCUCCCUCCUUGGGCCCUCUUGAUAAAACAAGUAAUCGGGACUGCAUAUUGCUUGACUGAUAUUAAUUAAAGGAGUAACUUUUAGAUCGAUGGCUCUCAACCUUCCUAAUGCCACUACCCAUUAAUACAGUUCCUCACAUUGUGGUCUCUCUCAACCCCCCCCCCCUCCCAUUAUAGCCCCCAAAGGAGGGGGGGGGUCACAACCUACAGGUUGAGGACUGCUGCUUUGUAAAAUUUAAAACUUUGGGAAGAUUAAAUUUUCUGCAAUUUACAAUAAUUAUACGGUCAAGGCCCAAUCAAGAAUGUUCACAUUGUACAUUUUUGUCUAUUUACCACUUUGACAGCUUCAUUCCUCCCAAGACAUGUGUAUUCUUUCUGUUCCCAAGACACACACUAAAACAUACGGUGAACAAUAUUUCUCUUUCUGCCACCCCAAACAAUGGAAUUCUCUCCCAUUACACAUCCACAAUAUACCGACCAUCCAAGCUUUUAAAACUGCACUCAAGACACAUCUCUUCAAAUUCUACUACUCUGACUCAUUCUCACUCCUUGUUUGACGUAUAAACAAAGCUCGAUGCUGCUGGGUGCCAUCCAUGGCUAGACAAGGGUCAAUAGUACUUGGGUGGUCGAUAGUUUUACACAGCUGUUUUUAAAUGAAUAAUUUUAUGUAACUUUUUUAAUGUAUUGUUUCAUUUUGCACAUUUUUUAUGUGAAGCGCGUCGAGCCUAGCCCUAGGCUGGGGUACGGCGCUCUAUAAGACCACUUAGAAUAAUAAUAUUAGCUCUGGUUUAAAAAACGGACCGAUUAAUUUUGGAUCAUUCUUUCCAGAGAAAGAUCACUUGACUGAGCAGAUGUCAGAGCUGGAGACGGUAGUCAACCUUAGGGAUCAAGAAAUCAACGAGCUGAAGCAGAAGCUCAGCGAAGCUUUGAGCAAUAUGGAAGAAGGCAGACAAUCCGAGGCAGAGCUGCAGGCAAAGCUUGAUUCAUUGGCUCAACGGCAUGAAGAUUAUGUGAAAUCGGUGGAGGGUUCUCAAGUGGAGAAGGAGAGGUUCGAGGAACAGAUGAAGGAAAAGCUUUCAAUUGAUGAGAUGAAGUCAGAGACAAAUGCCUUAUUAAUUAAUCAUGGGUCAAGGGGUCCUCAACCUCUCGAGCAUCCUCUACC